AUUUUUUUCUCAUAUAUUUGGGGUUGGGCUAUAAAUGAGUUGUUAGACAUUUUAAAAUCCAGCCAGUGGGCCAUGACCCACUUAAAAUUAAGGAUCAAAGCGCGUCCCGGCCGUCUCUCUCUCCUCCUCUCGGUCUUGGCCGCGUCCAUGACUCGUCGGAAGGUGUGAAACUGCUGUGGAAGAAGGGGUCUUGCCGUUCGCGGAGAAAGAAGACCACCAUCUUCACGGAGCAUUCUUUCUCUGGAGAAAAACCAUUUUCCUCCCUCGUCCUCACCCAAUUCUUACUCGAGAUCACCUUUCGCCGCUGUUCAUCGUCUCCGGGAGUUUUGCCAUCGCCGCUUCGUCUCCUGUCACUCUCUCAGUUCAGCCGCCACGAAGAGUGCCCCCCUUGGCCCGGCCCUCCACCUCGGAGAAUCGAACCGAGCUCUUCAAGUCCGAAGCCCAUGCUCACUACCCACAAGCGACGUUUCCCAAAUUUCCCAAGCGCUGACUGGACUAGUGAUCGUAGCCAAGAAUAUCUCCUCUCCAAGUAAUGUCUAUUGAUGCAGAUUACAUCACAAUGCUUUGCAUCAGCAUAACAUUCCACUCGGCAAAAUGUUCAGGGGAUGCGGCUCCUGAAAGCUUGACUCGCCGGUAUCAACCCCCAAAACCAGAAUGAACGGAGAGAGCAACCACUGCACAAUCACGGUGACCGGGCGCAGCUGGUCUUCUCGCAUGGAGGACCGGUUUCAGCAGAAGCCGGCUCUCCUGAGGCUCUCGGCCGGCACCGACUCUUGCUACAUCUUCAGAGCACCCAAGAGCCAGGUGGAGAGCAACCCCAACGCUUACAAGCCCCGGAUUGUGUCCAUUGGUCCGUACCACCACGGGAAAAAGCGGUUGGAGUUGAUCGAGCAGCACAAAACUCGAGCGUUCUACAAACUGCUCGAUAGGACUAGAGGCGCCGUGGGCCCCAUUGAUUACUUUAAUGCUAUCGCCUCGCGGGAGACCCACAUACGGGAUAGAUACUCAGAGGCCCUCCAUUGGAAUACUUCGGAUUUGAUCGGGAUGAUGAUUCUCGAUGCUUGUUUCAUCAUCGAGUUAUUCCGCGCCCACACCUGUGAGAAUCCAGAGGAUGCCGACGACCCCGUGUUCUUCACUCCAUGGAUUGUAUCGUCCCUCAUGAUUGACCUCCUCCUGAUUGAAAACCAGAUCCCGUUCUUCGUUCUUCAAGAGAUCUAUGCAAAAUCAAAGUCUCCUUCUGAUGCCAACCGCUCCCUCAAAGAGAUCGCCUUACGGUUCUUCAACCGCGCGCUUCAAUGGCCAGAUGAACAUCUCCGGAAGCACUACACAGUCUCCAAUAUCACGCACUUGCUCGACUUGUUCCGACUGUGCUUGGUCGGCCAUUUGAACAUCGAAAGUCCCCCACCGGUUGAUAAAGAGUUGUUGCAACUGAUGCCUUCCACGAAUCAUCUGCUUCUCGCGGGGAUAAAGUUUGAACCAAGGAAGAGCAAGAACCUAAUAGACGUCGUGUUUGAUGAUGGAGUACUCCGGAUCCCUCCUUUUACUAUCGACCUUUUCACCAGUUCCUUCUUCCUCAACUGCGUGGCUUAUGAGCAGUGCUGCCAUUACUGCUCCAAGCACAUCAGCAGUUACGUGGUCUUCAUGAGAUGUCUCAUGGGCACCGCAGCGGAUGCAGUGUUCCUGUCUCAGUGCGGCGUAAUCAAGAACCUUCUAGGGGCUGACGAGGAGGUCGCGCGGUUCUUCAGUGAUCUUACCAAGGAUGUCCAGUUCGAUAUCAAGUUGAGCUACUUGGCCGAGGUAUUCGGUAAAGUCACCCGGUACCGUCGGAACAAGUGGCGCAUGCGGUGGGCAGGAAUCAAGCGCGAGUACUUCGGCAGCCCCUGGUCUUUCAUUUCGGCUGCCGCUGCUUUCAUUCUCCUAGUUCUUACAGUUAUCCAGGCCUUCUUCACCGUUUACCCUUAUUAUCAUCCCAAGAAGUGACCAAGCUCUGCGACACAGCUUCAGAGAGAUAUAUGAUGUUGAUGUACCAUCCAUGUAGUUUGGAGAAAUCAGACCAGUAAAAUUUGUGCUUCAUAUCCGGGUUUUGCUUUGGCUGCUGUACUCCUAAUUCAUUUUAGAUUGCUUAAACUUAAUUACAUCUUCAUCACUGCAAAUAGAUUAGCAAAUUUGAUGAA